GGUUUCGGUUCGGUUUGACUCGGUUCUGUUCGGUUAUUUUGCCCACCCCUAAAUUGAUUAGGUAAGAGAUAGAGACUUUGAACGUAUUUUUGGUCACGUCAUAUAGAUUAUAGAAAUGUGUGUGUUAAAGAGAAAGGGUACAUGAAAUGGAGAAAAAGAUUCGGAGAAUAAUACCAUUAGAAAGUUGGACAUCGUAUUGAUAAAUAGUGUUACCCAAAAAUAUGGCACUAUCUAUGCAUGGUUUCCACUUUGUAUAUUACAUUACAGUGGUUUAUAUAUGUAAAAAUUUGGAAGAUUAUAGUUUGUAAACACCCAGUAUCAAAGUAUAAUGUUUGCUCCGUGACUCAUCAUCCUCUAGUCAAUUAGAGUUGGCUAACCAAACAUUUAUUUUAAUCACAUUCUCAUUCCGUUUAUCAUUUGUUUUGGUGCCAAUCAAUUUCCCUUUAUACGUUAUUGAUUUUUUACUUCUUUUGAAGAAAAAAAUUGUUUAUUGAUCAGAAAUUUAAUUCAAAAUAAAGAAUACAUAGGGUAAUGUUGUCUCCCUUCACCGCAUAUGUCCUGCUAUGUUCCUCCAACACGUAGCACUAUAAAUAGUAACCCCAAACACACUCAAAAUACUCAACUGCUCUCCUUAACAAAAACAGAACCAAAACUAAUAGACACAGAGAGAGAAAGAAAGAAAAAAUGAUUGAGACGGUUAAGCACCUGAUUGGGUCCGGUGGCCCAAGCGGAUUCGGAUCCAGAUCCACAGCCGAUCAUGUCACUGUUAAUUGUGAUCUCCGAUCUCUAACAGCAAUCAUCACCGGAGCGACGUCGGGAAUAGGAGCGGAGACGGCGCGAGUUCUGGCAAAGCGUGGAGCGAGGCUUGUGAUUCCGGCUCGGAGUCUCAAAACCGCCGAGGAAACAAAGUCACGUAUCCUCUCUGAGUUUCCUGAUGCGGAGAUCAUCGUCAUGCAUCUUGAUCUCAGCUCCCUUGCCUCCGUUCGACGAUUCGUAGCUGAUUUCGAAUCUCUUCAUCUCCCUCUUAACAUCCUCAUCAACAAUGCUGGAAAAUACGCGCACAAGCACGCCAUCUCUGAGGACGGCGUGGAGAUGACAUUCGCCACUAAUUAUCUCGGCCAUUUUCUGCUCACUAAGCUGCUGUUAAAGAAUAUGAUCGAAACGGCGGCGCAAACUGGCGUUCAAGGCCGCAUCGUCAACGUUACAUCGGUGAUUCACAGCUGGUUCUCUGGCGAUAUGUUGCAAUAUCUCGCCGAUAUCUCCCGAAACAAUAGAAAUUACGACGCGACCCGAGCUUACGCGCUCUCCAAGCUCGCCAACGUUCUCCACACCAUAGAGCUCUCCCGGAUUCUACAUAAAAUGGAUGCUAAUGUAACGGCAAACUGUGUUCAUCCUGGAAUCGUGAGAACACGUCUCACACGUGACCGAGAAGGUCUCAUCACUGAUUUAGUCUUUUUCUUGACCUCCAAGCUAUUGAAGUCUGUUCCUCAGGCAGCAGCAACGACUUGCUACGUGGCAACUAGCCCCAGAUUGAGGAACGUGUGCGGCAAGUACUUCUCGGACUGCAACGAAGCUCGGACAUCUAAAUUGGGAUCGUGCAAUAUUAAAGCUCAGAGACUAUGGACUGCUUCUGAGUUGCUGGUUUCUCCAGCUUCCUGUACUCCCCAUCUUUACCGAACAUUUAAAUGCUCUUUAACCAACGAUGCUAUAUGUAAAUCCCAAGCCCUGUAAUAACAUCUAUAUACAUGUAGGUUUACUAGGUAUACAUAGUAUUAGUUAGAUGAAUCGGCGGAUGUUCCUUUGUUUGUGUAUAAGCCUGCGUCUGUAAUAUUACUAUAUAUGUGGUUUCAUGUAAAUAUAAUAGUAUAUACUUGUAGGGUUUUGUAAAAUCUAGCUAUGUCUUUGUUAUGUGAUUCUUAUCUAUGUAGCAUCAAUCUAGCACAGGUAUUAUAUAAACAUUUUGGAUUUUCUACUCUUGCUUUUCCAAAAUUGUUGAUCUCUUCUGUUUUGACGAUUGCAUAAAGUAUGUGUUGAGAAAGAAAACCAAGAAAAAAUUAUAUGGGUAAGGGCAGUACAACAACCUACUUGCAUUAGAAAACAAUUAUAUUAUGUCUGGAAAUAAGGAAACUUCUACCUAAACAAAAAAUACAUAUCCAAGAUAAAUUAAUAAAUAUUUUUUUAUAUCAAAUAUGACUAAUAUAAUAUUAGUAAUAUUUCAUAAUCUUAAGCAAUAUCACCAUACACUACUGUAAGAACUAAACCCGACCAUCAAAAUUUUAAUGUGAAUAGAGUAGGUUGACGAAAAGGGUGGAAAAUGAUCUCUUUGAAUAGAUUUCUAAAAUAGUGUGUUCAAAUUGGACUAAUAUUAUUGACAAAGAACACAACAAAAAACAAUGCAGUUCGAAGAAAGUAUUUUAAGUCUCAAGUGAGUAAAUCAAAAAGCAUGAAUGAAACUAUCGUCUUGGCUCGUUUUUUGUACUGCUCAUAUCGCACAAUUAUUUCGCGCAUCUUGGGUGCACGUGAUGUGCCUGCUCCUGAGAUUUUGGCAUGUUAUAUAACCGACUGACAACAAGGUGAGUGAGUCUUGGUUGUUAUCCGUAGACCUCAGAGUUCGCUAUCUUGAUCUACAAGGUAACCCUUUGGACCGGAAUAGCUGGAUUUCGUCGAUGGAUCAUAUUUUCACUACUAAUUUAGCAUGUUUCAAAUGGGUCUUUUAUGAGCUGGAUUUAUAUAUUAAAUCAUGCUCAAACAGUUACCCCAGUCCAUUAAGUGAUAUGUAGUUUUCUUUAAUAGACGGACAUACCUGAAGGCGUGACUCUUUGAUCUCGUUCAUCAGAUUGGAAAUGAUUAUCCCUGAAGAUCGACGGUGCAGAAGCUAAGUCAUCUAAACAUCACUUUCCGUGAUAAUUUUUUUGAAUAACUCAGAAACCAUCACGAUCAUAACCAUAUCAAUGGCCGAGAUUGAGAGAAUCUCGCUUAUUCUAAUUUUACUGUUCCUCAUUUCUCGUAAAUGAGAGCUUAUCUCCUAAUGAUACAAGACUAUAAAUGUGUCUCUUCAGUGUCUCCAUUUAUUCGUGGAGUUUUUUCACGAAAAAGUAUGUAUGAUACUUUAUGUAAGAGCGCUUUUACAUUAUUUCCCUUUCUCAUUUUCGUUUCCCCGGUCGCAUACGACCAAAUGGGACUUGGUGCUAUUCCGCCAGAGAUAUACAGUCUCGUCGGCGAUAAAGCUGAUCUUACCGGAGAGAU